GACAGCGCAUGCGUUCACCAAGAUGGCGGAUAGGUUCUCACUCUCCAGUGAGCAAAGCUCUUUCAAAGCUGCUUCAUAUUAAAAAUAUAUCUGAAAUAUUUUCUCAGUUUUUUAAUUAAUCUGAAGAUAUAAUUUGCGUCGGAAAAUUUCCUAUUUGUUUUUUUUUAUUUCGUCAAAGUGAGAUUAACAAACUGUACACGUGAAUUCCACGAUUUCAGGAAGUGAAUUAUGGGUAAUGGAGAAGACGCGAGUGCCUUUGACGUUUGCGAACCAUAUUGAAAGGCAUUUGGAAAAGUUUUAUUACCAAAGAAAGAUUGAGAGAAUCUUUCGGUGAAAAAUGGUAUCGAGACGAAAGAUUCUAUCUCGAUCGAGGGACAACCUCGUUGAAUCACAAUACGAGGACCAAGACGAGGAAGACGUAUGGUAUAAUCUCGAUAAACUUUACAAGGAUCAUAUUCAAGAGGUACUGGACAAAUGGAAUCAAAUCGACGACGAAAUAUGGGCCAAGGUAAUCGUUUUCGAAAGGAACCGAAGAGUAGCAAAAGCGUACGCCAGAGCACCUGUUCUCACGAUCAAUGGAUCUAAUGAUGGAUUCGAUGGUUUCAGGAUAGGAUUAUGCGGUUUCGAAAAUCCUAUGAGAGAUUCGAAAACAGAAGAAGCAAAGAAACAUAUAAAUCAAGGUGUAAAGAUUAAAAUGGACGAGCAAGGGAACAUACUAAUAAAAAGGUUGUGUAAAAAUAAUGUUUACAUAAAACCGACCAGUCAGGAAGACAAUGCAAUUGGAGCAGAAAUUGCACGGAAUUCUCAAGGAGCAUUAGAACACGAAAAACCGGGGAAAAUAUUUGAUAUGAAUAAAUUUCAAACAAAUCUUUCUCGAGAGACUCGAAGGGCAUAUCCAGAUAGAAGAAGAUUAGAAAUGCAGUGUCUGAGUGCAAUUGUUUUCGUCAGAACUGAACCAGAUCUUCUUCAAUGCCCUGUAUGGGUUUUAAUUGUAAAUGUUGUCGGAUUAGAUAUGUUGAAAUCCAAGUUACCACCAGUUUUAGCGCUACAAAGGCCGGUGGAUAUUAAAAAUCGACCUAGGAUACCGAUUCCUGAUGAAGAUCCUUAUAGUAUAGCAGGAGUUUCAUCUUCAAUUGGAGUUUCUGAAGCGUUCCAACAGGAUCGAGAAGCUCGAGAACAGAUCUACGCUCAAUCAACAAGUAGUAGACAAAGAAGAGCUGAAAGACCACCUAAACUACCACCAAGGGAAAAUCUCUAUAGUCACGAUAUACCUAAACCCGAUUAUGACGACAUAGAAGAUGAUUAUGCCAGGAAACCUGUCAUAACAAACGAAGACAAGAGAAGUAGAAACGACGACAAGAAGAAAUACGACGAUCCGUAUUACUGCGGAUUAAGAGCUCGUGUUCCUAACUUCGUAAAGAUGGCGAAAAAUAGCAAAGUUUCAACAAGAGGAUACGCUAGACCUCCUAAUCAAGCACCAACAUAUACUGCCACGGGAUACGCCACUAGCCAAUCUUCUCAAAUUUAUGGCCAUUUACCUGGCAAUCGACCACCAAUUAUGUAUCAUGCACGAAGCUUCGAAAGCGGACUUGAUUCGGAUGGUAGAAAUGAAUCGCCAUAUAAUCAUAUAUAUGGAAGGUUUCCUGUACCAACCAGAGGUGUAAUUCCUCCUACACCUAGAGCAAUGUAUAUUGGAGAGUGGGAUUAAAAAUAAAAAAAAUUAACAAAAAAGGAGUCAGCGUAUGAACAAGUAUCAGUUUGAAAGGAAAAUAAGACAAUAUCGUCAUCAAUGAACAUAAAGGAUAUUUUGCAUGAAAAACAUGCAUUCAUUAAAAACAGACUAAAGUAAAGACUAUAUGCAAGAAAUAUAAAUAUAAAUAAAUAAUUAGCAACAUAAAGAGUUAAACCGAGAAUGGAGAAAUAAUAAAAAAAGGAAGAACUAACCUUCCGUUUGUACCUAUAAACUGUAUAUUGUUAAUGUACUACUUGAAAUACUCAAAUUUUUAUUGCAAUAAAAUUGUAGAACAAUG